AUGAGCCAGCGUCAAGCGUUCUAUGGCGGCGGAGGAAAAAAUGCUCCCAACGCGCCCGACGUGCCUCUCCACUCGUCUGAAUCCCUCGUAUUCACGCCUGACCCGAACAACCCACUCCACGCGGGUGCAAAACGCGACGCGCCGUUGAAUACCAAUUCGUUCACAAACGGAGGCCGCUCAUCGGGAUUCUCCUCCGCCCAUAGACAAUCUACUCCUCAAACCCGCCCUGGGACAUCCGACCCGCGCUCUGCUUCCAUGAUGCGUACUGGGUUGAGCAUGGUUCGGCCUGGGACAUCCGACCCAUACAAAGCUAGCGGAGGAAACCAUCGUCUUCAGACUCACCAGGCUCAUCGCAACACUCAUGCAAUCACAACCACUCCAGUAACUAUGCAGCCACUGCCUACUUUUUCCCACAAUGUCCCACCUGUUACUCCCCAUCCUGCAAUCCCCCACGUCGCUACUUUGUCGCAAGAAGAAGAAGACCCCGAAGUUGAGUACGCGCCGGAAACUGGCCGCGCCACUAUGCAGGACCCGAUGAGACUGCAACGUGCCACAUACGCCGUGUCGAUGACAGAAACCGAGGACGACAGUGAGAUCUGCCAAAUUCCGCCUCCCAACAAGCGCGCGCUCGCGGAGAUUUGGAUGACGAGCACGACAUGGAGCAUAGUCAGAGACCCCAAAAACGAGCCAAGACUACUAGGGAGGACCGGGAAAGAUCCUAUUCUGGUGCUAGUCACGAAUAUCGUCACAGCAGCAGCAGCAACAGCAGCAGCAACAACAACACAGCAGCAGCAAGAGCAAGAGCAACAGCCGGAGCCAGAGAUAUAUUACCUUGGACCGGUGCCUGUUGUGCGAGACCCCUAUGAGCAGUCUGCCACGCCUAUGAAUAAACUCAUUGGUCUUCUCAAAGCAGAGAACAACGUGCUCGAUGAAAAAUCCAUCGAGGCUCAUGUCACGAGAUACGAGACCGCGGCCCAACGUUGGCAGGGAUGUACUCGCGAGGAGUGGCUGGCUGGGGCUAAUGAGAUCACUGAGAUGUACACCAAGGUUUUCGACUUUGUUAAAGACCAUAUGACCAAGAAGCUCGCCCUUUUUACUUCGUGCGACGAGAAGCUCGCCACUCACCACAAAGCUCUCCGCGAACGCGACCAACAGCUUACGAGCACCAAGGAACAGCUCCUCGAAGGCGGCGGAGAAGUUCUCGGUGGACAAGGCAAAGUCUAA